UGUUUUUAGUAGAUUUCGCGGACAUUUUGUCACGAGAGAUGAAUUUUAUUGUGCUAAAUGGAAGAGGAUUUUGAACAAAAAUAAUUUAUAGCUGAUGGAUUGUAUUAUAUUCAAGUAGAAGUCUGGAAUUCUCACUCAUUAUUUGCUAUUUUGGAAAUGACAAGAUGUAAUGGCUCAUGGAUAUUUUCAAAAUGUUGGAGCAAAAGUAUGUAAUUCUCACUGAUAAUUUUCCAUUGGGAUUUUUGUUGAGAGAGUAUGAAAAAGGUAAAAAGACGUCUUUGAACUGCAUAGGCACUCACCAUGACCCCAAAAUCAGUGCCAAGUCUUGAUCUAUCACUUCUUUUGGUGAAAAGAUCUAAUGACUGAUAGAUAUUUGUAUGAUGAUGGAACAGAAGUCUUGAAUGCUGACUGAUCAUUUGCAAUUAGGUUUUUUUUUGAGAGAAUAAAAGAAAGAAAAAUAAAAACACGUUUUCGAAAUGAACAGAUACACAACAGGACUAGAACAUUUUUGGAAAAGAGGGGGUAAGGAAGGAACUCACAAGCAAGCCGCUGAAGGUUUAACUGUGUCAAGAGGAAAAUGAUACGACCAGUAUAGGUGAGCCUUUAGCUCACCUCGCUCAGGAAUUCAUAGUCCCCUUUGGAAGAUGUCUUAAUAUGGGUCAGCCUUGGAUGCUAAUUCCAGCAGCUGCCAUUCUACUUGUAACAAGGCAAACAGAAGCCCUAUCUGAUAUCUUCGAAGAGGGAAAAUCGGACAAAGAGAUACUCGAUCACUUACUUAAGGCUACACGUUAUGAUAAGAGACUAUUACCGCCAGUGCAAGGAACUUUAACAGUGAACGUCAGCGUGCUCCUGCUCAGUUUGGCGUCCCCCGACGAAUCGAGCUUGAAAUACGAAGUAGAGUUCCUACUUCAGCAGCAGUGGUACGACCCCCGCCUGAGGUACUCAAACCAAAGCAGAUACGAGUUUUUGAACGCAAUACACCACCACAACGACAUCUGGCUGCCAGAUACUUAUUUCAUAAUGCAUGGAGAUUUCAAGCAUCCCCUUAUACCCAUGCAUUUCGCCCUAAGGAUCUAUCGUAACGGCAGUGUGAACUACCUCAUGAGGAGACACCUCAUUCUUUCGUGUCAAGGCAGUUUGAACAUAUUCCCUUUCGAUGACCCUGUAUGUUCUUUCUCGAUGGAGAGCAUAUCCUACGAAAUCAACACGAUCGAAUACGUGUGGAAGAACGACGAAGACGUCCUGAGGAAGUCCACCAGCCUCAAAACCUUGAACGCUUACCUCAUAGCCAACAAGACGAUAGAGUGUCCUGUUAAAUCGAGCUGGAGGGGUAACUACAGCUGCCUUGAAGUCGAUCUUACAUUCACUAGAGAUAGAUCAUUUUACUUUACAACAGUGUUCAUACCUGGGAUAAUAUUAGUUACAUCUUCUUUUAUAACAUUCUGGUUAGAAUGGAAUGCAGUGCCUGCAAGAGUUAUGAUAGGUGUUACUACAAUGCUCAAUUUUUUCACAACAUCGAACGGCUUCAGAUCCACAUUACCAGUAGUGUCCAACCUUACGGCCAUGAAUGUUUGGGACGGUGUGUGUAUGUGCUUUAUUUACGCAUCUCUCCUGGAGUUCGUUUGUGUGAACUACGUGGGUAGAAAGAGGCCGCUGCACAACGUGGUUUAUAUACCGGGGGAGAACCCUGUCACUCAGCGACUGCCCGCUGUACUAAGCAGGAUAGGCAUUAUUCUCGCCAGCCCCUUGGAGUCGAUAGAACAAGAGUAUUUUUCGUCCUUUUGUGAGCCACCUGUCAGACGUCAAAGUAUGAACACAAUUAUGGUGUGUACCUACCAAAAACUCUUAUGUCCUCCAAUUUUUCUGUAUCUUUAUAACGGUGAUAGGAAACGAAGUGCCAGGAUACCGAACGAAAUGGUUUCCUGUACCAACUGCGGACCUAGCCCAUGUACCCACACGGCUACCAACAGCUGCCCAUCGGAGUCUUGCUUAUUACAGGUGCGGAAGAAAGAGCCUCCACAUCCGAUCAGAGUGGCUAAAACCAUAGACGUGAUCGCUAGAGUCACCUUUCCCACAGCCUUCGCAGUUUUCUUGGUCUUCUUCUUCUACCACUACAAAAGCUACAGCAGACAGCAGGACGAUUGAAAAACUGAAUUUCAGUGAUGAAGGACAGGUGAUCCGGAUAUGGACAACGUAAAAGUUCCUUUAUAAAACGUGCAAGAACGUUAUACGCACAAACGUCAGCCCAAAGGGUGCAAUAUUACAAUAUAGCAAUCAUUGCAAUUCAACGAAUCAAUGUACAAGUGUUCUUCAAAAUGAGUUUCCACGUGAGAGGUGCUAAUUUUUGGAGAAGGCAGAUAUAGUUAUUAUUAUUAAUCGCCUGAACACACAAUUUUCAUUUACAGUACUUUCAUAUUUUCGUAGAUGGCAAACUUGGAAUAUUCUUGACUUGUCUUUUUGCAAAAUGAAUGUGAAGUUUGCAUCACCCCAAAUAUUGUCUCUUUUAUGGAUGCGAUGUAGCACUUGAAGAGUUGUUUGUUAUGUAUCUCGGAAAUAAGCAAUCCAGAAUAAGAAAUUAACAAGAGAUACAAGGUAUUAUUAUAAGAGAUAUUACAAGCAGAGCUGACGAAUACUCUCAAAAAAUUUGUUGUACAAGAUAAAUUCUUCUUUAAAGAAGGAUCUCUAGUUACUAUUAAAAAAAAGGACUUUAAAUAUUUAAUUUUCUAGCUGCUAGAAAGAUACUUUUUCAGAUCCUUCAUAGCACAGCAUUCAUAGCAGAUAAAGUCUCUAGAACACAAGAUACAGUUCUUUUUGGUAUUCUCUUCAUUGUUUGAGAUUUUCGGCAUUUAAAACACCAAUUUGCUAUUUAAGGCACUUUUUCGUAUUUAAAAUAACGAGUUUUACCAAUAGAAAUGAUACAAUUCAGAAUGGUUAUGAUGGCAACACUGAGCAGUAAUUUUUGACAUUUCUUAUGUCAUUUGUGUUCAAUAGGUUAUGUCAUUUGAUCAUGAAAAGAUGCACACUUGAACCACGUUUAGAAAUUGUUUUAUCGAAUUCAGUGCACAUUUAUGAAUGGUGAAUAGCUAUUUAACAAUUUCUAAACGUUGUUGAAGCGGGUUUCUUUCUAUGAUCGAAUGACAUAACCUGCUGAAAACAAAUGACAAGAGAAAUGUCAAAAAAUAAUACACGGUGUUGCCAUAACAACCAUUUCAAACUGUAUAAUUCCUACUGGGAAAACUUUUCAGUGUCUAUGGUACUUUUUGGUACUUUUUUGUGAUGUAUCUGAGAUUUUAGUUACUUGAUGCAAAAAUAAAAAGAACUAAGAUGAAGCAAUAACUUAGAUUUCAAAGUAACUAAAAUACGUUUUCCUGUUGGCUCUGCGCACAAGUCAAUAAAUCCUGACAAUCCUUUCAAAAAAUUCUCAAUUGCUGCAUCGGAUAAGCCUUCAUUUCUCCAAAAACUGUGUGUAGGUACACCGUUUUCUGCCCAGGUUUUUCCAUUCCAGUUUUUAACUUAGAAUAUAUUUUACUUGCUGCUCAAAGGCGUUUUGCUAGCUGUAAUAAUUGUGAAAAAAAGUCGCUAUUAUAGUCUUUGUUGUUAUAUUUCGAUAUGGUUCUUCAUAUUUGUGAUUAAUUUUUCGUUAUCUCGAAAGUUCGUCAAACGUGUAACGAGAGAUAUAUUUGUAAAUAUUCGAUUUUAUGUAAUCGACAGCUUUUUCUCUAGACUAUCCUAGGAUUUAGGAUUAAGUAGUAUUUCUACCUAUUCGAAAGACUGUCUUCAAGAAGAACUCGAACGAAAAUUCAACACACGAAGUUGAUGAAAAUAAAA